AAACAUUAGCUUCACUCAAUGUUACUAAGGAAAUGUACAGUUGUUUAUUAGGUCAAUACAAGCACUCUUUUAGAUCAUGUUUCAACUCUGGUGUUUUUGAUUUGGAAUUUUUAUAAAUUUACUUUUGCAAAUGGGUGGAAAAGGCAAGAAGAAACGUAAUAGCAAAGAUUCCUCAUCCAGUAAUAAUGGUAAUGGCGAGGAGGGGGAGAAGAAAAAAGAUGGUAAGAAGAAGAGCAGCGGCAGCAAGUCGCUGGGUUGCGACAUCUUCAACGAUGUAGCCAUGGAAAAUGCCUACUAUGUGUGUCACAAUGUGCAGGACUUACUCAAAACACGUGGCUUUGCUUGGCCCGAUGGACAAAAGAAGAAGAAAAAGGGGAAACGUUAAAUACUUAUUUAUCGUAUUUUUAGUGAAUCCAAGUUAAACGUUCUAAAAAUAUACAUAUGUAUUUAUUUUAUUUUGAAAAUGUAUUAAUUUAAGCUCAUAAGCCACAAGUUUGAGUGCUACAUAUAAUUUAACGGCGAACAUACAUAUAUACAAACUUAUGUACAUACAUACAUACAUCUAUCCAAAAGCGUUGUU